UUGAUUUAGGUCAUGUGUGUUAUAUGUGCCAUGCUGUUUUACGACAUUUAUUUUCCAUUGCCUAAGUUGAAUGCUUUCGUGUCUUGCAGAGCAAACAUACGGGGAGGUGAACCAGCUGGGGGGAGUUUUUGUCAAUGGACGCCCUUUGCCCAACGCAAUAAGAUUACGAAUAGUGGAGUUAGCCCAGCUUGGCAUCCGACCAUGUGACAUAAGCAGACAGCUUCGGGUCUCUCAUGGUUGUGUGAGUAAAAUCCUUGCGAGAUACAACGAAACAGGGUCCAUUUUGCCCGGUGCCAUCGGUGGCAGCAAACCACGAGUUACGACGCCAAAUGUAGUGAAAAACAUACGGGACUACAAACAAAGUGACCCGGGAAUUUUUGCAUGGGAGAUCCGGGACCGUCUCCUCGCGGACGGAGUAUGUGAUAAGUACAACGUGCCUUCGGUCAGCUCUAUCAGCCGGAUAUUAAGGAACAAGAUUGGAAACCUCUCCCAACCUAACCCAUAUGAAAAUGGCAAGCAAGCACCACCGCAGUCCAGCCUUUCCUAUAACCACAUAUACCCGUAUUCAUACCCCAAUGCAAUGUCUCCUUCCGGGACAAAAAUGAGCAGUCCUCCUGGUGUCCCUGUAACGGGUGGGCAUGUAAGCAUUUCCCGUGGUUGGCCUUCAGCCCAUACGGUCAGCAAUAUAUUGGGCAUUCGGGCUUUCAUGGAUCCUACAGCUAUUGCUAGCGCUGAAGGAUACGCACCGAAAAUGGAGGAUUGGGGUGUCAAUAGAGCGACAUUUCAAAGUCAUGGAGUCAAUGGAAUAGACAAAUCAUCCAUUGAUGCAGACAUAAAAUACCCUCAGCCUUCGUCGACCCUGUCUAGCUAUGUCCCGGCGUGCGCGUACUCUCCCUCCAACCAAUACGGCGUGUACAGUGGUCCAGCAGGCGGUUAUGUGAGUCCAGGUCACCAUUGGCAGGCCCAGGGCACUAGUCUUACCCACCCUGGCGGUGGCGUAGCGAUGCACCCGAGUGACAUCCAUUCUUCUAUGGCGUUCAAACAUGCAGUACGAGAUGGAGACAGAAAACCACCGAGUCCCCUUAGCAAGCAGCAGCACGAAGCCUUGUCUGGUAUACACGGACUCAGCCUUUCUACCUCAUCCUCGUAACAGCACUGACACGUCCGUUAUAGACAUUAUCCCAUUUCAACAAAGCAAACCGUAAGUUAAAGCAAUUCACAUCAUUGGACUGUGUUAGAGCCCGUGUUCAACGCUCUCUGGGAAUUCUGGGUUAAAUUGAAUGAAUGUAUAUGACUUACUGUAACUAUAACUGUCUCCAGGCUGCGUUGUUUGGUGGUUGGCUAUUUAAACAUUGUGUCAUGCUGGUUUUGUCUAUGUUAUUUAUGACAGUGACUGCAUGCAAAGUGAGAUUCGUCACUUUAAAGCUAAAUUACGCAUUUUAAAGAAAAUGAAAAGGCAUUUCAUGGACUUGUAGAUUAAAUAAACCUUAUGUGAACAAAGUAAUAAAUUGUUAAUGUAAAUACGGAUAAAGCUUUAGUUAUAUAUUUUUAUAAAUCCAUGUGUAAAUAUGCUAAAUAAAGGUAUUGUAUAAAAAGA